AUGCUUGAACGCGAGGCAGAGCGCGUGGGGGUGAGUCUGGAGCGAGACGAGGCGGAGACGCGAUCUGCGGCGGCGCGCGCGACGAGCGACGCGGAGCGCGAGGCGCUCGCGGCGGCGGCGGCGCGACGGGCGGCGGCGGCGGUCGAGGCCAGAGAUGUGAGCCUGCGGGACGCGUUGAAAACGAAAGAACGCGCGAUCGAGAGUCUCAGUGCGAGUUUGGCGUCGACGCGGGAGUCGUACGAGCGACGGUUACGCGUCGAGGCGGAGGCGAGCGCGGCGAACGCGGCGAGGGAGGAGGCUUUGCGGGGCGAUAUGCGCGCGCUGAGCGAGCGCGUGCGCUCGCUAGAGACGAAAGCGGAGGUUCGUGAACACAGGAUAGCGUCGCAGCACGAGACGAUCGGCAAGUUGACUCGCGAUCUCGAAGCGAAGCGAGCGUUUGACGUGGAAGUCGCCGACCAGACGCGGACGUUGGAGAUUGAUCGUUUGGAACAGCGUUUGAGCGCCAGCGAGGCGCGCGCCGACGCGGCGGAACGGAAAUUAGAGACAUACUUUCUCGAGAAAGUUUCACUCGAGCGCGAGAUCGCCGACUUGCGGGAGCGACUCGCGCGCGUACCCUCACAAGAGGCGCAAGACGAGGCGUUUCGUCUUCGAGUCGAGCGCGCCGCCGAGGCGAGAAUCGCCACCGAACGGCUGGUGAACGAAGAGAUGCAGACCAAAGCCGAACUCGCCGGGCUGUUCGCGCAAAUUCGCGAGAUGACGCUUCGAAGCGCGGGCGUGACGUCCGCGCCGCCGCCGACGGCGACGAGCGCCGCCGACGAACUCGCGCGAGUGAAGCGCGCCGCCGAAGCCGAAAUCGAGUCCCGCGAGCGCGAGUUCGCGAGUCUCCAGGCCGACAUCGGGCGUGAAAACGCCACCCUUCGUCGCGAACUCGCGUCGGUGCGCGCGAAGCUCAACGCCAAAUUGGGCGUCGGAGCCGCGACGAACGCCGAAUCCGAAUCGUCGCCGUGGGCCGCCGAAUUCUCCUUCGCCUCUCCCGCCUCCUUCGCCGCCGUCGAGUCUUCGCCAUCGCGAAAACCAUCUCGCGCGUCUCCGUGCGAUUCCACGGAGUCCUUCAUAGAAAUCAUCCCGAGCGCCCGUGACGUGUAG